CGCUGCCGCCGCCGGCGUGCUUCUCAAGUUCGUCCAUGGAAAACGACUCGACGUUCGUGGCCCCGGAAGGCGUAUAUACCGUCACAGAGGACCACAAGCCUGCUAUCAUCGCCAACCAACCCCCAGCGACAUAUCCUACGAAGGUUCGCUCGAUCGUCGUGCGCUUCCCGGGCGCAAAGCAGGGCGCAGCACCGUUUGCACAGCUACUAGGCAACUCGAAGAAGGAUGCGAAGAGAGCAGACUAUCCGUCAACAAGCCCUCGCGAAGACGGGGUCAGCUUAUCGAGCAGCGACACCGACGAUGAACCUUCGAGCUCGCCCCCGGACGCUGUCGCUGGCAGUCCCAACAUCACCUCCCAUGAACCUCGACACCUAUUCUCCCCUGGGCGCACCACAUCGAAGAAGAAGCAGGCAUCUCGACCAAAGCACAACAUGCGCACCACGUCGAGCACCUUCGUCACCCGUAUGCAGGGUGCCGAGAGCUUGACGAAGGCCUUGCAGUCGAAGCAAGGGGAAGUAACUUUCCUGUUCUACAACCACUCGAAGACAUUCGUCUGGCUGGAGGCGGGGGCGAAGUCCAAGGAACCCUUAGCGAAGAUCACCUUCUCCGCAUACCCUACCUGCCAUGAUGUGAACGCGUUCACAGCGUCCCCAGAACACCUCGAUAUCGUCAUUGGCUUCAACACCGGGGAUCUCGUCUGGCUGGAUCCCAUUACAUCCCGCUAUGCGCGACUCAACAAGGGGGGGUUCAUCACCAACUCGCCGUGCACGGCAGUCCGUUGGGUGCCCUCCUCCCCCACCCUAUUUCUCGUCUCGCAUGCCGAUGGCACCAUCAUCGUGUACGACAAGGAGCGCGAGGAUGGCAGCUUCUCGCCGCAGGACCCCGCACGGCGCGUUUCCCCACCACCUUCCGAUGGAAGCUCGAGCAGCGGCGGCUCCUGGGACCCCAUGGGCGACAUAUUCGUCUCCAUGCCGCCUUGGCACCCGGUGUCUGCAAGCCCUGCCGCGGCGACACCGAGGCUAGACAAGGAAAAGGAGAAGGAGAAGGCCGCGAAGAACCCGGUCAGCCACUGGCGAGUUUCACGGCGAGCAGUCGUCGACUUCGUCUUCGCGCCGGACGUCAAGUACGUUGCGGUAGUCUCGGAGGAUGGCUGCUUGCGGAUUAUCGACGCGAUCUCGGAGCAAUUAGUUGAUUGCUAUGCUUCCUACUUUGGCGCAUUAACUUCCGUAGCCUGGUCUCCAGACGGCCGGUUCAUCAUUACAGGUGGUCAAGAUGAUCUGUUGACUAUCUUUUCCCCAUGGGAGCAGCGCGUAAUAGCACGCUGCCAAGGCCAUUCCUCCUUUGUCUCUGCCGUUGCUUUUGAUGAGCUGCGCUGCGAUGGGCGAACGUACCGCUUUGGUUCGGUUGGAGAAGACAACAAAUUGAUACUGUGGGAUUUCUCGAGUGGCGCGCUACAUCGACCGAAGUUUCAGGCGACACAUCAUCAACGAAUGUCAAUGUCCUCUACCGUGUCUUUAGGCUUACGGCGAGACAAGUCCGCUCUAUAUUUACCAUCACUUGGCUCCACAGGAGUCGACGGCAGCCCGUCCCCUCGAUACCAUCCAGCGCCAGCGAGAAACGACGUCGCCGUCGUGCAGCCUGUUCUGGUGAAACAUCUCGAGGGCGACCUCCUGGGACACAUCUCCUUCAUCCCCCGCUGCAUCCUCACCUCGACUCGCUCCGGGCACAUCAGGCUCUGGAUUCGACCUCUAGCGCUACGGCCACGCCACACGCGAACCGGACACAUGCGAGCUGUGACCACAGAUGUCGAGGACUUGCUAUAGCUGUGGCGGCACUUCUUCGUUGAGUCAAAGUCGCGCGCUCAAUCUUGUAUAUUUGCAGGUGUAUCGAUCUAGCCAUUGUAGUCAACUUCUUAUUUGCUUCCAUUCACCAGCGAUUUCCUACUUACUUUAUUGACUUUUGUGUAUCAUUCGCUCACUCUUCGAACUUUGACUGUCCUGGGCUGUGAUAUUUGCUUUGGUCAAGAGCAAUACCAGUUUGCCAUAUCAUCUUCC